AGAAAGGUUCUGGUGAGCACGAGAAACUUUCUGGUGCACGAGAAACUUUCUGGUUUUAAUUCUUUGAAAUGACAGAAAGAGGCUUAGUUGAGCUAUAUUUCCACCUUGGACUUGCGUAUAAAGACAUUAAAAGUUUGCUUGCGAGUCGUCACCACUAUAUCAUCUCGGAAAGACAUUUAAAACGCAUUUUGAAGUUGUGUCGUCUGUUUCGGCGCAAGGGAUACACUCAUCUGGACCAGGUGAUCACUUUCAUUCAUGAACAAUUACAAGCAUCUGGCCAACUGCAUGGGUAUAGGUGGAUGUUUACAAAAUGCAAGGAGAAUGGAUUACAUGUCAGAAAAGAAGACAUCCGCUUAAUUCUAAAAGAACUGGACCCGAGGGGUGUUGAUCUCAGAAGAAGCAGGCGUCUCCAUCGCAGGAGCUAUUUUGCGACAGGGCCCAAUUACAUUUGGCACUUAGAUGCAUACGACAAGCUAAAGCCAUUUGGUAUCUGUAUAAGUGGGUGUAUUGACGGCUUUUCGCGGAAAAUCAUCUGGUUGAACGCAUUUACUACAAGCAGUGACCCCAAAAUCGUAGGAGGCUACUAUAUGGAGGCAGUGGAGAGAACUGGUGGCUGUCCACGGAUUGCCAGAGGUGACCGGGGCACCGAGAAUGUAAAAGUCAGAGACUUUCAGCGUUUUCUCCGUCGCAAUAUACACGACGGUUCUGCCAUUGACAGCUACAUUGAAGGAGCGAGUACAGCAAAUCAGCGAAUAGAAAGCUGGUGGGGCUUUCUCAGGAAGGAGUCGAUUGAGUUCUACAUCUCUCUGUUUGUUGAUCUGAAAGACCGUGGUUUGUUCGACGGUGGAUAUUUGGACAAAAGUCUAAUUCAGUACUGCUUCAUAGGUAUCAUCCAGGACGAGUUGGAUGAGAUGAUCUGUGUGUGGGAUUCGCAUGUCAUCAGACCAUCAAAGAAUGACAGAGUACCAAGUGGUCGACCCAAAAUCAUGUACAUGUUCCCAGAGCUCUAUGCAACUCAUGACUGUGUUUCCUCAGUGGAAAGCGCUGAUGUACAGCUGUGUCGGAGUGGCUGCACAUUUCGACCAGCAGUGCCAUGUGACAUAGACAUCUACAACCUUUGCAAUGUUCUGAUGGUAGAGUCACAGUUGGUUCUCACAGCUGAUGCUUACCAGGCCUUGGAUUUGUACCUGCAUUUGAGGAAUACGAUCAUAUCCUCUCUUUAAUUUGAGAUGGUACUACACAUAUCCAGAUCUAAAUGAUCUGUCCACUGUGCAUUUUUCAUUUGUUUCUUUUUCAGCUUCAUCUUGCUUUCAUCAGUGUGAUAUCUGGGUUUUUUUCCAUAUCUGCUUUAGAAUCAAUAUUUACUGAAGGCAAAAUAUUUGAUUUGAUACAAAGUAUCACAAAACAUAUGGUAAUGUUGGAUGUAUUUAUGGCUAUCUGUAUACCAUGACAGUUGAACUAUGAAUUAGAAACAUGAAAGAACCUCAGACACCACCCUAAAUAUAGGACAAUUAUUUGAUGGUUUGCAGUGGAAGUAAACACUUACAAGAAGGCAUGUUAUGAAUGAAGAAUUAAGUUUUUUUUAUUUAACAAUAUUUUGCUAUUGCUAUGUGGCUCCAACCAAAAUAGCCAUCCCUUUCGAAAUGGAAUGUGCACUCACAGCCAUUUUAUCAAAUUCUGACAUGUACAGUAUUUCAACUGCAUAAAAUAUGCACAUGAACAUGUAACAUUUGCACAUGCCUGGUAAAUUAAUGCAUACACAUAAACACAGGUCUGACAGACUCAUCAGUAUGCAUAAACAAAACUUGUAUUUUGGACUUGAAUACAGUUUCAGACUCCCAAUGAACAUUAAAUUGGCAAUAACAUUCCUUUUUCAGAUGAGUUGUGUAACUCUUAUUCAUGUCUUGCGGCAAUGACAGUGCUGACAAUGUUAAACUAAUAGCAAUGGUCUAUGCAAAGGAUCCGGACACUGCCAUCAGAUACAUAAUGUAACUUUGAAGAUGGACAUAGCAGUGUGUAAGAUCCCGUCCGUCCAUUACAAAAUAUUCAUUUCAAAGCAAUUGCCAGAUAGGAUGCUGUCAAACUCUGCACGAAAGUCUGGGUAUGAACUGUAGGUGCAUGGCAAUUCAAGAACUGCUCCACAUGUGUGUGCCACAGGCCUGCGACUUAAACCACACAACCUGUUAAAAGUUACUUUGAUUGUGCCUUUGCACAGUACUGUGGAUCCUGUGCAGAAGCGCAAGAAUAUCUCAAGUUUUUUUUGGUCAGUGCUUCUCACAUACCGCAGCAGGUGGUUAAGUGCUGUUUGCUCCUGUUGAUUCAGGUUCUCACUUGAUGGCUUUAUUAUCUUGGCUACUUUCUUGUUUGUUGGCCUCUUAGAUUCAUAAAGUUCCAUUAUGCUGUCUUUUGUUAUGGACAUGGGGACAGCAUUGUGAAUACAGUGAAUACUGGAGUGGAAACAGUCAAUUAUGAACUUUGGCUCUUGAAGAAGAACUUUGUGUGCCAUUGUUAAAAUGACAGGCUGGAGGUUGUCUUUAGAAGGCAGGAUGUGUGAGCCCAUCCUUGAGAAAAGGUCAAGUAAGUCCUCCUCAGCAGUUUCAUCCAUGUUGCCCUGUAGUGCUUGUUCAACCGAUGCUCGCUCAGACACUGAAAGAAACCUGGCAAAUGACAUCAUCAAGAGUUCUUCAUCCACUGAACUGACUCCUUGACAACAGGCAAGAAUAAAAGCUGGUGACAGUCUGAUUGGGAGGAUGUUGUGGUCCAAAUAUCCUUUCAACCAAACUCUUCCAACAGCUUGCCAUUCCUUCUCAGAAUAGUCUGGUUGCAAUCUGGGCACUCGUUCAUCUUCCCCCUCACACUGUUCCAAGAAGUGUUCCCAGAACGCAGAGUACACCUCUCUUGAUACACCAUCACUGUCCACCGCUCUCUCAUUUUUUAACUCCAUUUUUAGAUUAACCGUGAGUACUUUGGGGUCCAUGAAGACAUUAAGCACAUCUUGAACUAUGCUUACUCGUCUUAAUUUCACAUACUGGACUUCUUUUUCAUUUUUUUCUGGUGAUGCAGGAAUACUGUUUAACAAUACAGGUCCGUCGUUCAGUGAUGAAUGCUGCAACAUUUUCACAAAAAAUAAAUAAGGUGUCAUCACAUUUCUUAAA